CGCAAGCUCUCAGCGCCGGAAGCGUCGUCUGGCAGUGACAGCGACAGUAAUGCUUCUACUUCUGGCCCAUCCAUAUCCGAAGCCUCCGCCCUCUUCUCCACCGACGGAAGCUACUCUACGAAAAAAUCAUCGGACACCGAGCAGAGUGAGCCCAGCGACGGCGAUAGUGAUGCUGAAAGCAGCGAGCUUGCUGAGUCCUCUGAAGACACAGACACUGCUUCAGAAAGUGAAGACGAAGACAUGUUCGAGGAAAACGACGAGAGCGAGAGCGAGAAUAGCUCGGUAAUCACCACGCUUCGCGGGGGGAAGAAGCCGGAAAUGCGUAGGCAGCAGUGGGCACCGGGAUUAGAUGGCGAGGCGGAGGAGGGGGGAUUACCGCUUAAGGAGCGAUUAAAAGCAUUUUUGCCGCAGAUCGCCGCUGCAAAUGUGGAAUUGGAGGAGGAGAAAGCUGCAGGCGUGCUGGAGGAGAGGAGUCUAGAGCAACUCAGUGAGGGCAAUGAUGUGGAUGAGCCGUAUAUCGAGAUGAAUCUAGGGCUUGGCGUGCUCGAAGAAAAGGGUCCCGAAGCGGAGAGUAGCACUAGCAGCGAAGGGGAGGAAGACAGCAAUCAAGACACGACGCAGAACCGUAUGAGUACUACUCAUAACAAUAGGGGUAUCAUGGGUAGGCUACUGGGACGGAACGAGGAGAAGGACAUUGUGGGCAUUCAGGAGGUUGACAGCUAA